CCGUACGUCGGUCGUUGUCGGGGGAAUUUGGCGCGUGAAAUCGUUCGCCCCGCCGAAUACUUUUUGAGUCUCAUCCUACGGCCGUGAUUCGAAAAUCGUAUGCUUGAUUCGUCGGGUUUUCUGUAGAAGACUAAGAUGAAGUCUACAAGUGAUAGUAAGAACGGUAAACUCUCAGCAGCCUCUAGAGCUGCUGUUAACAAAAUCCUAGACAGAAGAACUGCUCGGGGCAAGAAGAAGCAAGAUGACAACUGUGAUUCCACUAAGCGGGAUAAAAGCGUAAAUGAAAAGGGGAAGCAAGCCGUUAAGGCAUCUUUAACUGAUAACGUUCCAGAGGACAGCGAACGUGUUAUAAUUGCAGUCUCGGAUGAUGAUGAUGAGAUGAAUGAUUCAGACUGGGAAGACUGCCCGAUUCCUAGUCUUGAUGAUAGGGUUGAUGCUAAUGUCGAUGACACCAGAGAUUUGACCAUAGAAUUUGAUGAUGUUCCUGAUGCUAAGAAGCAAAAGAAUGCUUACCGUGCAACAGCAAAAGACAAGGAACGGGCGGAACUUGUACAUAAGGUUCACUUGCUCUGCCUGCUUGCAAGAGGGAGGAUAGUUGACAAUGCUUGUAAUGAUCCCUUGAUUCAGGCUGCCUUGCUUUCGCUUCUACCAUCAUACUUGUCAAAAGUAGCAAAUCUCGAGAAAGUUACUGUCAAGGAUAUAGCCCCUCUUCUUCGUUGGGUUCGUGAAAACUUUUCUGUUAGGUGUACUCCCAGUUCUGAGAAAUCUUUUCGUACUUCCCUAGCAUUUGCUCUUGAAUCUCGUAAAGGCACAGCAGAAGAGCUUGGAGCACUGUCUGUUGCAUUGUUUAGAGCUUUAAAGCUCACAACUCGGUUUGUGUCUAUUCUUGAUGUUGCAUCCUUAAAACCAGGGGCCGAUAAGGAUGAGUCAUCCAGUCAAAACCGAGCUAAAAUGAAGCAUGGGAUAUUCAGGAACUCAACGCUUAUGGUACCAAAACAGCCGGCCAUCUCGUCACACCCAAAUAAAUCUUCAUCCCAUGUUGAGGAUAAAACUCUCUGUCAAACGUCUAAGCCUCAGCAUAGGACUUCCCUGGGCUCUGAUCAGUUGCAAUACAAUUCAGUCAAUUCAUCUUGCGAAGCAGGAACGUCUAGCAAAGCUGGCGGAACAAGGAGGAAAGGAGAUGUUGAAUUCGAGAUGCAAAUAGCCAUGGCUUUGAGUGCAACUACAGACAACCAACGGAGAUCUGAAGUGAAGGAGAAAAAGAAAAUUCGUGAAAUAACAAAAACAAUUUAUGGCCCGUCAGUUUCUGACCAAGUAGUAUCCACGGCUAUUGGUUCUAAGAGGGUAGAUUCUCCGCUUUGUUGGGCCGAGGUGUAUUGCAAUGGGGAAAACAUGGAUGGGAAAUGGGUCCAUGUGGAUGGUGUUAAUGGAACAAUAGAUGCAGAGCAAAACAUUGAAGCUGCAGCUUCCGCGUGCAAAACCUAUCUUAGAUAUGUUGUCGCUUUUGCUGGUGGUGGAGCCAAAGAUGUCACUCGCAGGUACUGUACAAAAUGGCACACUAUUUCAUCCAAACGGGUGAGUUCAGAGUGGUGGGAUAUGGUACUAGCACCUUUAAUACAUCUAGAGUCAGCUGCAACUCACAAUGUAGACAGUUCUCUGAGAAAUUCCUUAAGUAGCUCUUCCUUUGGCAUGCGGAGUGCUCUUGAAGAUAUGGAGUUGGCUACGCGGGCGCUGACUGAGCCUCUUCCUACUAACCAGCAGGCCUAUAAAAGCCACGAACUCUAUGCUAUUGAGAAAUGGCUUCACAAGAACCAGAUACUUCACCCUAAAGGUCCAGUUCUGGGAUUCUGCAAUGGUCAUUCAGUAUAUCCUCGAACCUGUGUGCAGACUCUUAGAACAAAAGAAAGAUGGCUUCGUGAUGGGCUACAACUUAAGGCGAAUGAAGUUCCCUCAAAGAUUCUUAAGCGGAACUCGAAGUUCAAGAAAUCAAAAGAUUUUGGAGAUGGUGACAUCGACAUCACAGGUGGUUCUUAUUGCAUGGAACUAUAUGGGAAGUGGCAAAUGGAACCAUUGUGUCUCCCUCACGCUGUUAAUGGAAUUGUGCCAAAGAACGAGCGUGGUCAAGUUGAUGUCUGGUCUGAGAAAUGUCUCCCACCUGGAACAGUCCACAUAAGGCUUCCUCGAAUAUUUUCGGUUGCUAAGAGAUUCGGUAUAGAUUAUGCACCUGCCAUGGUUGGUUUCGAGUACAGAAGUGGACGUGCUAUUCCCGUGUUUGAAGGUAUUGUGGUCUGUAGCGAGUUCAAAGACACAAUUCUCCAGGCAUACGCAGAAGAACAAGAAAAGAGAGAAGAAGAGGAGAGAAGAAGAAAUGAAGCACAAGCAGCUUCAAGAUGGUAUCAGCUGCUUUCGUCUAUCUUAACCCGUGAAAGAUUGAAAAACCGUUACGCUGAUAACACUAACAGUGUCGAAACGAAGAGUUUGGAAGUGAAUUCAGUGACAGUCGCUAAGGCGGAGAAAGUGAAAUCACCUGAAAAGCAGAGAGUGGCUAAGAGUGGAGGAAGGUCACGAGUAAGAAAGUCCCGUAACGAAGAUGAAAGCCAUGAACAUGUAUUUCUGGAUGGGCAAGAAACAUAUGAUGAGGAAACCUCUGUGAAAACAAAACGUUGCAAAUGUGGCUUUUCUGUAGAAGUAGAACAAAUGUAGACGUUUUGCUAAUGAUUCGAGUUGACAAUUUUUUGUAAUUUACUAAGAUUUGUUUUGGGGGCUCUUUAUAUCAUCUGAUGGAUCGGUA